GCCUCCGCGCUGCUACAGUGUUGUUGGAGGAGCCGAACAGGAGCUGCUCUCAUCGAGGUAGAACCUGAUUAACUCUUUAUCCCAGUGUUUACAGUGUGUUCUUCAUGGACUCUUGGAGAAAUGGGUGGAGAGAUGUUCGCUUAUGGUGAAGCAGCCUUUCUCCAGACUGAUCUGUUGGCUGUUUUGAUGUAAAAUUAUAAGAAAAGACCCUCAAGUCUUCUCCUGCUAAAGUGACCUAGACCAUUUAAAUGGACCAUCAUGAACACAUAAGAUGCCACGAAGAGGAAGACAUCACUGCUGAGACAUUAAAAUAGAAGAUGGCAUCCAGAAGAAGCUCCAGUACUCUACAAAUGGUGUCUGGUAGUCUCCACAUUAACGCCUCUUGCAGAAGAAUGCAGAAAAGCACAGCCAAAGUGAGAACAAGCCACUGCUUAGAGUGUGGGAAGAACUUCAGAACCAGACGUAUCCUGAAAAUACACCAGCGCAUCCACACAGGAGAGAAACCGCAUGUCUGCUCAGAGUGUGGGAAAUGCUUUAAAGACACAGGUACCCUCAAAACGCACCAGCGCAUCCACACUGGGGAGAAGCCGUAUGUCUGCUCAGAAUGUGGAAGGAGUUUUACUCAGCUGGGUAGUCUCCUAUCACACCAGCGUAUCCAUACAGGAGAGAAGCCGUAUCGCUGCUCAGAGUGCGGGAAGAGCUUUAAUCGACAGACUCAUCUCCAGUCACACCAGCGGGUUCACACUGGAGAGAAACCAUAUUACUGCUCAGAGUGUGGGAAGAGUUUUAAAGACCGAGGUAACUUCAAAACACACGAGCGCAUCCACACAGGAGAGAAACCGUACGUCUGUUCAGAUUGUGGGAGGAGUUUUACUGCACAAAGUACUUUCCAAAAACACCAGCGCAUCCACACUGAAGAGAAGCCAUACAUCUGUUCAGAGUGUGGAAGGAGUUAUAAAGAUGGAGGUGCCCUAAAAACACACCAGCGCAUUCACACAGGAGAGAAACCGUAUCACUGCUCGUACUGUGGGCGGAGUUUUACCCGACAGAGUAACUUCAUAUCACACUACCGUCUUCACACAGAAGAAAAAAUGUUCCACUGCUCAGAGUGUGGCAAGCGUUUUAGUCGACAGAGUAAUCUCCAGACUCACCAGCGCAUCCACACAGGAGAGAAACCGUUUUACUGCUCAGAGUGUGGGAUGCAUUUUUCUCUACGAAAUAGCCUCAAACGACACCAGCGCAUCCACACAGGAGAGAAGCCUUAUGUCUGUUCAGACUGUGGGAAGAGUUUUACUCAGCACAGCGAUCUCCAAAAGCACCAGCACAUUCACACGGGAGAGAAACCGUAUCACUGCUCUCAGUGCGGAAAGAGCUUCACCCAGCAGAGUCAUUUCCAAAGUCAUAGGCGCAUUCACACAGGAGAGAAACCCUUUCACUGUUCAGACUGUGGGAAGAGUUUUUCUCUACGAAAUAAUCUCAGAAAACACCAGCGUGUCCACACAGGAGAGAAGCCAUAUGUCUGCUCAGAGUGCGGGAGGAGCUUUACUCAACACAGCAGUCUCCAAAAACACCAGCGCACUCACACAGGCGAGAAACCGUAUCACUGCUCUCAGUGCGAGAAGAGUUUCACCCAGCAGAGUCAUCUCCGAAGUCACAAGCGCAUUCACGCAAGAGAAAAGCUGUAGUACGUACUGCUCUUCAACCAUCGGGAUACUUUAAACUUGCAUAAGUGCACCAAGAGGGAGAUUACAGGUUGUGAAUUGGGCUCUGGUGCAUCCUACUUCUGUCAGUGGUCCUUGAGAUUCUUUUACAACUUCACUGGGGUCUGUGUGUGACUGAUUUCUUUGGACACACUUGUCUAUAUAAGAUCUCGUAAGCAGGUUUUCCAUCCACCAUUUUUUUGUGAAUUUUGAAAAUGUGCAAAAAAGAGCCUGAAUAGAAAGAGCUCAAAAUUCAAAGAGACAUCCAAAACAAGACGUUUUUAUGCUAGGGCGAGUUGGAAAAGUUUGAAUAUCGCUAAAACAGAAAUGUGAAUGAGUAAUGGAAAAGGGUUUUUCGAAUAAAUGAUGUAUCAAGCUGUGAGAAACAGUUGGCCCUGUAGGUGGUCCAAUUGUGGCACAUAGCUUUUCAAAGGUUGUUUUCAAGAUUCUGAAAUGCCUAAUCAAAGAUGUGAGGUGGACAUUGUCAGGGUGGCACGGUGGACCAUUGCUCGUCCUUCCUGUCAUUUCUGAGCUGCAAACGAUCAUAAAAAGAUGGCAAAUGACUAAAGAUAAUUCCACUUUAAGCAAAAAUGUCUCUGUCAUGCUCGUUUCGAUGUGCCUAACCACCGUAACCUACAUCAUCUAAAGUUUCUUUGCAUAACUGCAGUGGAUGGAAACCCAGCCAUAGUUGAUGGUUAUGUUAGAAUGAAAAGCAAGCCUUUAGGUUGAGGGAGUUGUCCGUAGACCUGCAAAACAGGAUUGUGUCAAGGCACAGAUCUGGGGAAGAAUACAAGUUUUUGCAGCACUGAAAGUGCCCAAUUGCACAUUAGCUUUCAUCCUUCACAAAUGGAAGUUUGGAACGACCCACAGUCUUUCUUGGGUCUGGCUUCCCAGCCAAACUGAGCAAAUGGGGACAAACAGUAACCAAGAACCCACUUGCCACUCUGAAUGAGAUCCACAGUUCCUUUUUGGAAGUGAGUGAAACUCAUCAGGACAACCAAUAAUGCAGCGCUCCACCAAUCAGCACUUUACAGUAGAAUGCCCAGACGGAAGCCAUUCCUCACUAAAAGGCACGAGGUAGGCUGCUGGGAGUUUGCCAAAAAGGCACUUGAGUGACUCUCGGAGCAUGACAAGUAAAAUUCUCUAGUCUGAUGAAACGAUUGGGGUGUUUGGAGAAAGCCAGGCACUGAGCAUCACCUAUUUAAUACCAUCCCUACAGUCAAACACAGUGGUGAUAGCAUCAUGCUGUGGGGAUGUUUUUUCUGUGAGAGGGAAUGGGGACUAGACUGGAUAGAAGGAAAAAUGCAUGCAGAAACAUAUAGAGCAAUCCUGAGUGAAAACCUUUUUUAGAGUGUGCAGGAUCUCAGGCUGGGGUGAAGGUUUACAUUUUAGACAACAGCCUGAAGCAUACCACCAAGAAAACGCUGGAGUGGCUUCAGGAAAACUCUGUGGAAGUCCUAAAGUUGGAGCAUCUCUGGAGAGAUCUGAAAAUGACUGUGCACCAACGCUGCUCAUUCCCACCUGGUUGAGCUUGAAUGAUUUUGCCUAGAAGAAUGCGAGAAAAUUCCAAGAGACGUUGCGUUGCUACUCAUUAUAGUAUCUUGAGAAGUUACUGUGGUGGGAAUCCUUGGACUUAAAAUGACUGCACUUGACAUCACAAUGAUGGACAUGAGGCACCCACUAAAAGUUCAUCUUUGUUGAUUGACCUUAUCCAGUGUUAUUUUUUCUCUCUGUGAUCCUCAUCAUAGAUUUUUUCUGUAACAGUUGAUUCGAAAUUCUAAACAUAUUUUUGUUAUAAUUUGAAUAGAGGUACAACUACUUUGUCAACAUGUGCUCGGUGAGAGACCUGUGGAAGCAUCCUUAUUAAUCAUGUUUUGGUGGUUUGCAUCCCCAUCAUGUAUGUUUUGUUAUGCCAUCUCUUAAUCUUGGCUUGUCUCAAAGUUUACAAAAAACAUUUUGUGCAAUUGUUUGUAUGUUCAUGUGAUUUAUAAUGAGUGUCCAAAUGUGUCCCAUUUCUACCAAGGAGAGGAACAUUAACAUCACUAGAACUUCUUGUCCUACAGUGAUUUGAUACAUCUCCACACACUUAUUGAGGUUUUACUGAGUGUCACAAACCAGAAGUGUGGAUUUGGGAGAGGUCACUUCUGUUUCUCUUUCUUGACUUCUGAUUCUUCCAUCAGUGGUGUGGGACUUGCUGAGCGAAAGCCUGCGGAAGUGAUAGUGUUUAUUGUCUGUGCCAUGGAUGAAGUAUUUCUGCAGUACCAGUGGCAGAGUUUCCCCAAAGUAUUCCUCCUCUGUGGGUCUAGAACAGCAGUUGUUAUUUUGGCAUUAACCUACCUUGACAUCCUUUCUGCAUUGAAGCUGUUGAUGUAAAGAAAAGCAAAUGUGAAACAACAUGACCUGCAGUUUGAGUCUUG